AUGGUAGUCCUUGUUUGGGGCAUUGCCUUGGCCAUAAGCGUGAUUACGUCCGUUGGCAACCGCUGGCAGCCGGAUCUACCAUGCGUCUAUGACAUCCUUUCGAGUAGAAUAUCUGUCAUCUUAACCUCGGUACUUAUUAUGACGUGUGGCGCCGCCCUCGUCUCCAUCUACGCAUACAUAAUGAUGAUUGCCAAGCACCACCAGCGGCAGAUCCACCAGGAACCGAGCAGCAGCGGUUCGCAGGAGGCAAGAGCGACCGGAAAAUCCUUCUCUGCCGAGCUCGCCAAGCAUCUGAAGCUUGCCAAGACGUUUGGCAUAGUCGUUGGCGCCUUCGUCGCCUGCUGGACUCUGUACCUCUUCCUGAUGCUGCUGAGCGUCGCCGACGUCUACCACGACACGCUCGGAGUGGCCACAGGCUUCGGCUGUAUCAUGGCAGACUCCAACUCUUUCAUGAACUUUUUCAUAUGUGCUUCAAAGAACAGUCAGUUCCGCGCCGCCUUCCGGGCUGUGUUGCCCUCGCGUGGACACUCGAGACGUGGCUACUGUCCAACCUUACUGGAAUUAUCGCGACUGUUUCAUCCGUUCGAUUAA